CACAUAUACAGCGUAUAAGCACUGGGCAAGGCGCCUGACAUCAUCAUUUCAUCUCGACGAGAUACAGUGGAAGGAAGCGACUGUCACUAAGCCUCUAUCAUACCAGUCAACGCAGCAUGAUCAGGGCAUAAACCUAGACAAUACCACCCGGAAAAGCAACCGAUACCAGCACAGGGAGUAUCGCAGACAAGUGUUGUUUGGUAGUCAACAUCGGUGGACAGUCUAACACAAAGAUAGGUCUCCUAAGUAGAAAGCAGUUCUGCUUUUUCAAGAGCCGAACUGCGUGCAAAGAGGAGCCAGCAGUCGCCAUGGGGACUGUGUUGUCCAUCUCGCCCAGGCCGCACAAAGAUAACGGCAACUAUGGAGACACUGCGUCGCUCAGCGUCAGCAAUCUCAAUAUGCUGUACAACAGCAAGAAUUCCUCCAACAACAACGCCAAGGAGAACCUACUGGCCGACACCACACGGCCCAUGCGGAAACAUUCCGCCAUGUUCAUCAGUGCGCUGGGCUGGAAGAUGUUCAAUGUCUCCAGCAAGAAAAGGACUGCAAGUACUGGUGUCUCGACCACGUCCUUUACCAAUAACCAGUUUUACACUGGCAUGGACAAAGCCAACAACAACCACGUCCUCAAACCAAAGAAUCAGCUCGCCAAUAACACUAACCAAACGCUGCAACGCCAGAGAUCCGAAAUUAACACCACACAGGGCCAGGACGGGGACUCCAGCAUCAAGAAGUCCUUCUCCUGUUUCAAUCUCAACUCCCACUGUCAGUCCAACUCCAACAAUCAACACCAGAGCCAGAACAUCAAGAACAACAACUCCUUCUGCGGUCUACGGAAGUCUUCCAGUGGCCAGUUGAAGGUGCCGGUUGUUCCCCCCAAGAAGGUGGUCCAGUCCUCCACCAGUGAACUCCUGAAAUGCCUGGGGAACUUCCUCAGCAGGCGGUGUCCUCAUCUCCGAAGCUUCGAUGCCAACGAUGCCAUUGUCUGGUUACGGGCCGUCGACCGGUCGCUGCUGGUUCAAGGCUGGCAGGACAUCAACUUUCUGAAUCCAGCGAACGUGGUGUUCGUUUUCAUGUUGGUGCGGGACCUUGUAUCUAUCCAGGAGAUACAGAGCGAGUUAGAACUCCAGGCCACGGUACUUACUUGUCUCUACUUAUCCUACAGCUACAUGGGCAACGAGAUCAGCUACCCACUCAAGCCCUUCCUUGUGGAAGAGGACAAGGAUAAUUUCUGGACAAGAUGUCUAAAGAUCAUCAACAACUGCAGCUCCAAGAUGCUGCGGAUUAACAGAGACUCGAACUACUUCACCGAUGUCUUGGGUGAACUUAAAUCGUACGGCAAAAGCUAAAGGUACGGGUGUGUUGAGUUUGUAAAAAGGAUAGAGUAUUCAUGUAUACCUAAUAAUGUGAAGGUUUGUUCAUCGUGUUUAUGGGAUUAAUAUAGUGCGGUGUUGUUCCAAAGAUUAUGACAAGACGUUUGUCUGUUUGUCAGCAACCGUGCACUGAUCACGUAUAAAAAAAGUCAGACUCAAAACAUGUAUGUACUUGUGUUACCUAGAAAUAAUUGUUCGCAUCAGUACUUAAGACUGGAAUAAUUAUAUGUGAAGUACUUAAACUCGUCCUAUUGAUAACGAUCUUACCUUCACAAAAAUGUUGGAGUAUUUUUAUGCAUGUACAAAAUGUACGACAAGAGUUGUUCAACCAUAUGGUACACCUUUUUUUCAUAUAACUGUCAAAUGAUAAGCAACGACUUUAUUUUGUGUGCCCUCAAAGAAAAAAAAGUUGGCAAUUUGAUCAUGUAUUGUUUUGAUCGAAACUGUAAGCCACACUUGAUGCGAGGUUUAGAUUUUGCUAUGUGCGAUACCGACAUUGUACAUACAUGUAGUGCCCUGCCAAGUCACAUGCCUGCAAAACCAAGAUACUGUUCAUGCUAUUUAUGGGGGCCUCUCUACUUGCCCGUGCGUGUGUGAAAUAUCUGCACGUGAAGGAUUUCAAGCAAUUUGAGGCCCCUCGUAGCAUUCAACAUCAUUCGUCUCAUGUUGACACUUGGGGUUUUCGUUGUGUCAGCGACGCCCCGUAUGUUUUGGGGAAGGACUAACAACAUUGCUUAUCAGUUGUCGUGUCUAAUGAAAGUCAGAUUUGAUUUUUGGUAUCUCACUGUACAUAGAUAGAGCGGACAAUGUUGCAAAACAAACGGUCGGCUCUGGUUCCCAUCAUCCUAAGAUCAAAGACGAAAAGGAAAAUGUACUGAUAGUGUUUCAACACAAUUUCCUCCUGACGUAUGUUAACAUUUCGGUUUCAUUUGCGCACGAAAUUCUCUGCAAAAUUAACCUCCACUUUUACAUCGACCAAAUUGUAACCCCCCCCCAACGGAUAAUUUCACCGUUUGUUUGCAAAAUCUGUCUUAAUUUAUGACAACAAAUAUGUAUUGUAUCUUGUCUUAUUCAACAUAAUGUACUGUUGUCCGGUAAUCAUGUAAUUAAUUAAAUUCAAGUAGUUUUACUGAGUUCAAUUCCAUUCCACAUCGAUCACUUUAGACCACGAUAAGAUGCCAUAGGAAUUUUUUACUCCGUGAAGGUGUGUGCAGCUGUUUUCUUCACCGAUUUCCAAUAUGGCUGACUACUUAGAGUCUUUCGCCGUCGCUGAUUGGCCGACGCCAAGCGCGCACACGCUGCGGACGUGAGGCACUCUCAUUAUGGACUGAGAUAUUAAUUAUGUUGAGUAUCGUCUGCGGCGCGCGGAGCCAGUAUUAAAAUACUAUGACCGAUGUAGAACCAGUCUGUCAUGAACAUUGUGUGUGAUAUUUAUUUUUUCAUACGAUAUAUUACAUGAAAAAUUUGCUUUUAUUGUGAUCGAUGAUAUAGUGUAAAUGCAGCACUUUUAUUUAUUAGAGAAGAGACGGCACGAAGUUGUCGCGAUAACUGUCAUUUUUGCAUUUCUCAAUUCACACACGGUAAAUAAUGAGCACCUUAUUUUAUGUAUGAAACAACUCUUCUGAUAAAUUGGCGAUACCACUAGUUUAAGAUGAUAAUAGAUAUGUUCAUUGUUCAUGCUCACAUGGUGGAAAAUAUGGGAGGAACCCGUUCCGUUAAUCCAAACUGGUGUUAAUUUUCCACCGCGAAGCCCAUCUUGGAGCGUCGUCAUGACAACAGCUAUUGACGGAGCUCCAAUGCAGCUUCACUAGUGUGCGCGUUGUACGACUCUUUAAGUUAAUUUCAUCGCUGCUAAUUUAUCAAAUUGUACCUGUGGGCGCUGUCAUAUAUAUUUUUAAUGUUUUAUUCGCGAUAAAAAGGGCAAGUCGCCUCCCUCCUCAUAUUGCAAGGCCCAUUGUAUUUAUUGAAACGGAGAACGGAUGUGCACAACCAUUAUACAUUAGAACUGAGAAGACAAUGCCAUCGGUUUUAACUUGUUAUUGCAAGUUGGCAAUAUGUUAAGGCAACAAAGUGGACGAUAGUUAAUUUGAAAAUGUAGAAUGCAUUAUUAUGCCCACUAGAUGUCCUUAAAAAGUGUGUUAAGCGGACUAAGGGCACUUAAAUCACUCAGCAAAAUCUAGUCGGAUACAAUUACAUUUGCAAUUUGGAAGCUUCUAAAAUACUUCACAUUGUUCACCAUGCAUAAUGUAUCCACGCUAGACGUAAGCCAUCUGUAUUUAUGAAUAGUGUCACUGCAUUUAAGGAAUUAAUUCUAAAAGUCAAAACACAUUCUUAGCUUUCAGUUGAAAUUUUUAAGUGUCGGAAAGACUUCAAAAGCCUAAUCUAUGAAUAAAGAAUUUUAUCAAAGCGUUUCUAUUGAAAUGUUUCCUCUUCAAAUUUUUCUUUUUGGGCCAGCAAAGUAACGCGUCUUGCAAACGUUCAAUUUCUCAUUCCAGCCAUGUUGCAUUAUUAAAAGAUUUGCCGUGCGAGUUCGAAGGGAAACAUGUAUUUGGAUAUUAAGUAAAACACGCGGUCACCUAAGAGUAAGCGCCCAACCUUCUGGUAUAAGGACAAAUGCUCCGUUGUAAGUUGAAUGCAAUAUACGUGCUCUGUCGAAAUUGGGAGAAACUUGUCAGCCAAACUAAAGGUUUGGCCCCAUAAUAUCAUCUCUAUUGAGUAUUUGGUAGAACAAGGAGACUUGGUUUGUAAUCAUUGCACUGAUUUACGUAUAAGAAGGGCGAUCUUCCAAACAGAUCAUUUCACAUCUUCAGUAAAAAUUGAUGUGUCUGAUUUUGACAGAGUACGUCAGACAGGUAUGCUGGAAUCCGUUCGUAGCGUUUGCUCGCGUGGAGUGUCGAUGACAAAUCUGUGCCCGCGUUUCGACACGACCUGCUAAAUAUCUUGCGAUUUCACCUGGGCGAUGAGCGGCUGACGGCCGAUGACGUCAUUGCAAGGCCGCGGCCGGCUGACUGCUGCUUGCUGCUGACGAAACUCGGCAAUGUAACUGUCGCGGGGAGAAAUUGCCUCGGUUUUGAGAAGUACUCGAGUGAAAUUUCAUCAUGGUUGUGUGUUUAUCUUUUACAAAUUGCCUCGGUUUUGAGAAGUAUAUUCGAGUGAAAUGUCAUCAUGGUUGUGUGUUUAUCCUUUGCAUUUCUCCGUUUCAAAAUCACGCCUGUAUGACCUGGGUUGCUAGUUGCUAGUGUCAUAAGUCAGUUAUCAUUGAAUAUCGUCGAUCUACCUUGAAAUUGUAAUUAUCUGCAAUUUAGGCAUCUCCUCGAUUAUUGUAUUUCUUAAUAAAGUAUCUCCAUGGUUCCUUGCAGUACUUAAAUAUUCAUACUGUACUACUACUACCAUCAGUCAUAAGACAGUCACUAUUACUCACCGAUCGAUCCAUCAUAUGUUUGUACAUAUCGUCCGCCUUCAUACUUACAAGUACCUUACGUUACACGUGCGAGAACAGUACUUGCAAUGGAUCAGUGUAUAAUAAGCCAAUGUAAUUAUUACAAUUUUACCACUAAAUAUAGUCACACCUAUUAUCUAAAUGAACCAAAAAGUACAUGAAUGUAUAAAGAUGUGGUACUCAGCCAAAUGACAUCAACCAUUUUCUUUCACAUUAUGAAGAUUUGUUUGGGUCAAUGUAAAGAACAGUUUUAUAUGAUAUUAACUUGACUUUAUAUAUGUAUAUAUUGUAAGUCAUCGACAAGACACGAUGUGUUGUGACGUUUGUUCUGUCAUUGCUGCUGGAAGACCAGAAAUUGAUGAUACGCCUAUCCAUGUUUAUGAAUGACAUUAUUUUCGUAUGGGAAUUUUUUUUUUUUUUCAAUUUUGUCUUGAAACGCUGUCUUCUUAAAAGCAGACAUCAUGGAGAAUUAUCGAACAAAAUAUCUUGGCAACGUAAUCGAGAUGUGCUAGAUUGUUCGAGAGAAUUUCGUUGACAAAAUUUAAGAAGUAAAGGUGUUGUAUGGAUGCUAUGUAAAGUAUCACAUGAUAUCCUGAUAUGUCAACGUUUUGUUUUAAUUGUCAAUGAUUCAAUUUAAGGAUGACUACGACAAAAAUUCGUAUGUUGUGCGCAAUGGCGUCCAUUUGAGGGAGUGUUCAAUAUUAUUCAUUAAACCCGAGGCGCUAUAUCCAACGAGCGCACCUCGUAUGCCAUGUUUUUUUGGCGGAUCCGAAGGAGACUCAUGCGCGCGGUAGCCUGGUCUUUGGCUUCGACCAUCCAUCCUUCGAUGACUCAUCGUGAUUAUAAUAAAGGCACGGUGGGGAAAGGGUCUUACCAAGCUAUGGCAAUUACUCUGUUGUAGAUGCGCUUGUUGACGCAACGGAUGCAGCGCGAAGAGCGACCUUCAGGUUUUUUUUUCCAAUAUGAUUAGAAAGAGUUGACAGCCUCGGAAUUGAUAACAGCGGACGAGUCUGGUAAAACAGAAAUCAUGGCGCCGAACAAUAUUAUUAUUCAUUUUGAGAGGAUUGAUUUUAUGUCGUUAUAAAACAAAAUCUCAUUGUUUGAUUGCUUGGAAAAAUAUCGCUGCUGGUCAUUCAGUAAAUUCUCAUUAGCUUGAGGAUAUUAUGUAAAUGUAUGAGGUAAUUAUAUAACAUUGUCUCAAAUGUCUCUGUAGAAAUUCACUUGUCGUGUCUCGACACUUGUGAUGACUAGAAAUUUAACUUUCAUUUAGAUGUCAUUUGGCUGAAUACCGUUUUAACUUUAAGCAAAAUAUUUGUAAUUGUGUGUAUCAAAACCAAAAGACGUAUUGUAAAUACAAAGAUUUAUUGUCAAUGUUGAAGUAUAUAUUAUACGUGCUGUGAUGUACAUAUUUUUUUGCAAAGAUAUUGUAUUUGAUUUGAUGGAGUUUUCUUUUUUAAUGAUGUCUCCCACCUUGUGCAUCAAACGCCAAGAUGGCGGUGCAAUGUUGUAGCCUCGUUCGGAUACUAUUAAAUCAUAUAUCACAAGGAAAAGAAUAA